GAACCGAAGGCCGGGAUGCAGCCUCGUCCAGGAGGGGCCUGUACUGCCUGCUCCCCUUGCAGGAAGGAAGGAAGGAAGGAAGCCAGGUUGACUCUGGUGCUCUGGCCUCUUGCCACCUGUGUGAACUUGGCCUGCCACUCAACCUCGGGUAUACAAUGGACGUGGAUUUGAGAUGUCCCUCAGGUGAAGGGAGCGCGUGGGUUCCAGAAGUUACCCUGGCCUCCACACGCCCCCCUUGUCCCGGUUAAGAGUUGGUCCGGCAGUUCUGCACCCUUUAAAUCGGGGAAGGGGGCGCCGAUCAACACGUGUCCGAAGCUCAGGCCAGGGGCUGAGGGGCGGAGGAUCGUUGGUGCCUGCCGCCCGAGGACCCUGCGGCUCUCCGAUUGUGGCCCCGGGGGAGGCGGCCGAGCCGGAUAAGCAGCAGCGGCCUGGCGGGCGGCCACCUCCCCCGCAGGUCCGGCCCCGCGGGCAGGCGGGGCGGGGGGAGAGGAGGAGCCUCCGGGCAGCGCCAGCGCCUCCGCCGCGGACCUUCUGCCGCCGCCGCUGCUCCGAGCGGCGGGCCUGAGAGCCACCAGAACAUCAGGAGAGAUGGACAAGCCACUCAUCAGCCGCCACCUGGUGGACAGUGACGGCAGCCUUGCCGAGGCCCCCAGGGAGGUUCCCAAAGUGGGCAUCCUGGGCAGCGGGGACUUUGCCCGCUCCCUGGCCACACGCCUGGUCGGCUCCGGCUUCAGCGUGGUGGUGGGGAGCCGCAACCCCAAACGCACGGCUGGGCUGUUCCCCUCAGCAGCACAAGUGACUCUCCAGGAGGAGGCAGUGGGGUCCCCAGAGGUCAUCUUCGUGGCUAUGUUCCGGGAACACUACUCCACACUGUGUGGUCUCAGUGACCAGCUGGCCGGCAAGAUCCUGGUGGACGUGAGCAACCCCACACAGCAGGAGCACCUUCGGCACCAUGAGUCCAAUGCUGAGUACCUGGCCUCCCUCUUCCCCACCUGCACAGUGGUCAAGGCCUUCAAUGUCAUCUCUGCCUGGACCCUGCAGGCUGGCCCAAGGGAUGGAAACAGGCAGGUGCCCAUCUGCAGUGACCAGCCAGAAGCCAAACGCGCCGUCUUGGAGCUGGCGCAGGCCAUGGGCUUCACCCCCGUGGACAUGGGGUCCCUGGCCUCGGCCCGGGAGGUGGAGGCCAUGCCCCUGCUCCUCCUCCCAGGCUGGAAGGUGCCUGCUCUCCUGGCCCUGGGGCUCUUCGUCUUCUUCUACACCUACAACUUCAUCCGGGAUGUGCUGCAGCCCUACCUGCAGGAGGGCAAGAACAAGUUCUACCAGCUGCCCGUGUCCGUGGUCAACACAACGCUGCCCUGCGUGGCCUAUGUGCUGCUGUCGCUGGUGUACCUGCCCGGCGUGGUGGCGGCGGCCCUGCAGCUGCGCCGCGGCACCAAGUACCGCCGCUUCCCCGACUGGCUGGACCACUGGCUGCAGCACCGCAAGCAGAUGGGGCUGCUCAGCUUCUUCUGCGCCGCCCUGCACGCGCUCUACAGCUUCUGCCUGCCGCUGCGCCGCUCCCACCGCUACGAGCUGGUCAACCAGGCCGUCAAGCAGGUCUUGGCCAAUAAAAGUCACCUCUGGAUCGAGGAGGAAGUCUGGCGGAUGGAGAUCUACCUGUCCCUGGGAGUGCUGGCCCUCGGCACGCUGUCCCUGCUGGCUGUCACCUCUCUGCCAUCCAUCGCAAACUCACUCAACUGGAGGGAGUUCAGCUUUGUUCAGUCCACUCUGGGCUUUGUGGGCCUGGUUCUGAGCACCCUGCAUACGCUCACGUACGGCUGGACCCGCGCCUUCGAGGAGAGUCGCUACAAGUUCUACCUGCCCCCCACCUUCACACUAACCCUGCUGGUGCCCUGUGUUGUCAUCCUGGCCAAAGGCCUGUUUCUCCUGCCCUGCUUCAGCCGCAGACUCUCCAGGAUCCGGAGGGGCUGGGAGAAGGAUGGCGCCGUCAAGUUCACGCUGCCAGUGGACUGCGCCCUGGCCCAGAAGACAAGCCAUGUGUGAGGUGCCUGACACAGGCACCUGCCAGACACAGGCAGGACAGUGCCCAGAGUCUCUCAGGACUUCUCGCCUUGAUCAUGCAGGACAGCAGAAUUACACACGGAUUGGUGGGCUGAGGUCUGAAUUCCUGGGACGUGUGUGGUAAUAUUCAGAAUGACACACCUGUGUGUGAUAUGUAUGUCCGUAUGUAUUUCAUAUAUAUAACAGGAUUUGCAAUUAUACUUACUUAGCUAAAAAGUUGAGUCCCUGAGAUUUCAACCUGUAGAUUUAAAAGCAAGUGUCAGAUGUUAGGAGAACAGCAGCUCACACUACUGUGACAUUGACAGAGAGAUGCACAGACUUUUUGCACAGAAAAGGCAGUGAGAGGCUUGCACUUUGGUGGCUUCCAUCCAUUUCUGCACCUCCCCGCCUGCCCCUUUUGCUACUUUCCCAAGGCUUUUGCAGAACUGGGGCUCCAAGGUGGCAGGACAGACAGGAGCUCUGCCCGGAGCCCAAUUUGGGUGCACAGGGCUGACGAGUCACCAGUGAGCAGCGGGUGCAGCUCCUUCUUUGGCUGCAGCAGGAGGCCAGGUGGGAUUGAGGGCACUGGGGGUGAGCCUGUGUCUGUCCUGGGUGCCACCUGUAGGUCCAUCCUUUGCCAGGUUGGGGGAUCGGAAGGGGGAGGGAUUGGAGCUGAGCGUGCUCCCCCUAAUUCUCCCGGAGCUGGGAGAUGUUUUCCUGAAAGUCAGAAGUCACCACGGCAGCUGCAAAUUGAUCCUCCCGUGGGAGUGUUGAAGUCACCUCCUUGCAAGAACCACUAAUGAACCCUGUCUUGAGAACAAGUGUAAUUUCUUUCCUUCCUUUAAGUUGAUGAUGCCCGUUCUUUAAACCGCUGUGCCUUCUCACCUUGUAAAUCAUUAGUUUGAAUGUCUCCCAGGAAGGCCUAGAGCAGACCCUUUAAAAGUUGGUUCAGGGGGAGGGGAAAACAAGACCCAGAGCGCUGAGCGUGACAGCCCCGCCCUUCUUGGGACCCCAUCCAGAGGGCUGAAGGAUGGUUUGUCCUCACUGAACUGGUCCUGUGGAAGGACACUGGGGACCUCUUCAAAUACCUUCUGCUGCUACCGGGCAGAGAGCCUGCCUUCCAAGCACCCUGAAAACUACACUGGCUCCAAGUUCCUCCUAAUGCAGGGUUAUGUUUCAAAACAGCUGGAAGGGUCUUUUCCUCCAAAGCCACAAAUCUGAAACCCUGCUGCUCCAAAGCACAAGAGGCUGCAGGACGUAUCCUUGAAUCACAUGCCAUCCCUCACUGAUUCCUACUGAAACUCUUUCUAUUUCCCCUGUAGAGAGAAUCAGCUGUUCUUGGCUGGGCCCCCAGCCCAUGGCAGAAUCAGGAUGAUGUGUCAUCUUUGAACACAGAGGGCUGCGGCCCUGAUGGAGGACAUCAGUGAGAUGUACCCAGGAUGGGGGUGUUGGUCACGCUUAUGUUCUUAGGUCUCCUGGGCCAGAGGGCAUCUUAGGAUGGAAUAGAGUCAGCUGGCAAAAGCUGACCCAAGAGCACCACAGGAGAGGAUGCUCCUGCCUCCCCACAGAGACUGCACUAGCUCAUGGCUGUGAAGCACAUUAGGGUCCUUUAGCGAAAAGGGAAAAAAAGAGCCAAGUGCAAGCAUAUCUCAUUGGGCCAGUGACUGAUGGAGGCGAGGCAGUGCAGGCAAAGCUGCCUGCUUCCUGCAGAUGUGUUCCAUCUGCAGCUCAAAGGCUGAGCGGCACAAGCUUGCCUCCCAGAUGGGCCCUGAUGGAGUGGCAGCCUUGGCCUCAGAGAGGCUUGCUGGAAAGGAAGCAGGGAGAACAUGGGCAGCUGGGACCCACCAAGGAUUAUCAAGCCCGGCCGGUAUUGGCUGCCCUUUUUCUCUGGCCCUCCCCAGGCCCAGGAUGUUUCCUUAUACCAAAGAUGCUGACACAGAGCCAAGUUUAAUGUGCUCCCUUCCCUUCCCCGCCCACCCCCCUGCCGCAGGUGCUCCUCAGGCGGGGACAGGUGCAUCAGAGGACCUGGCCACCCCCAAACUGGACAGUCAGCUCAUGAGAGGCAGGGUGGGCUGUGUGCUUGGCCUUGACCUGGUGUCUGCUGCUGUCCCCUACCUCAUCAGGCAGCUGGCAACAGCACCCCCAUGAGAGCAAGUCACUCCCUUACAGCCUGGGACAUUCUAUGUGCCUCUGGGUACAAAAGUGCCUGAACCAAAGUGUUCUGGAAACCCUAAAUGCCAUGGUCUGAGGUUGAACAUUUAAAAUCUAUGCUACUGGAACUGUUUGUGUAUUUUGUUUUUACCUUGUAGAGCUUGUCGGAGAAGCAGCGAAAAUAAACACCUAACUUCCCGUGA